ACACCGUAUCAAAAAAGAAUGAAGCAUCCAAAGCACCAAACCAGCCAAGCAACUACCAAACCAAGUGACCAAAAAUGCGCGUUCAAAUCAAAGAAACCACUCUCAUCGUUCCAUCUACACCCCCAUUUAAAGACGAUCACGUCCUCUCUCUCUCCCACCUCGACAACGACCCCAACCUCCGCGUCAGCUUUCGUUAUGUCCGCGCCUACCACAACACCAACCUAUCCGCUCCCUCCUCCAACCCCCGCCACGUCAUCUCCGCAGCCCUCUCCACCGCUCUCGUCCAUUACUACCCUCUCGCCGCCACUCUCCGCCGCCGCCCCGACCACCGCUUCGAGCUCUUCUGCUCCAACGGCCAAGGCGUCCCCCUUAUUUUUGCCUCUUCGGACGCCACUCUCGACUCCGUCAGCUACCUCGAUGACCCGGCUGCGGAUUUCGUCGAACAGUUCGGGUUCACCCUCGGAGCCGCCAUUAACCACGCGCUGUGCGACGGAAUGGGCGCCACCCAGUUUUUCAAUGCCGUGGCUGAGUUGGCUCGCGGGGCGACCCGGGUGUCGGUUGAGCCCGUAUGGGACCGGGCGGGCUUGCUGGGACCCAGAGACCCGCCCCGAAUUGGUGCACCGGUACUGCAUGAGUGCUUGAGUUUGGACAGGGGGUUCUCACCGUACGGACAGGCAAAGAUGGUGGGCCCAGUUGCGAGGGAGUGCUUUCAUGUGAGGGACGAGUGUCUGGAGCGAUUCAAGAGCGAGCUGUUGGAGCAGUCCGGGCUGAGCUUCACCACUUUUGAAGCUUUAGGUGCUUUUAUAUGGCGCGCCAAGAUUAAAGCCUUGAAGCUUCCAAGUAAUGAGAAGGUAACAUUUGCAUACUCAAUCAACGUACGAAAACUAGUGAACCCUCCAUUACCAGCUGGGCAUUGGGGCAACGGAUGCGUUGCAAUGUACGUGAAGCUGAGCGCCAAAGACUUAACAGAGAAACCCAUUUGGACAGUGGCCGAGCAGAUUAAGAAGAGCAAAAGCAACACCACGGAUGAGUACGUGCGGUCCUUCAUCGAUUUUCAGGAGCUUCAUUACGAGGAAGGGAUCACGGCAGGGAAAGAGGUGAGUGGGUUCACAGAUUGGAGGCACCUGCGACACUCCACAGUUGAUUUUGGCUGGGGAGGUCCUGUGACCGUUUUGCCCCUCUCAAGGAACUUGCUUGGCAGCGUUGAGCCUUGCUUUUUCUUGCCUCCUUCUUCGUCUGUGAGAGAAGGGAAGAAAGAUGGGUUCAGGGUUUUGGUGAAUCUGAGGGAGAGUGCUAUGCCUGCUUUUAGAGAGGAGAUGGAGAAGUUUAGCUGCCAUGAAUUUGGAUUGCCUUGAUGUUUUGCAAGACCACAUUACUUGUAAGUCUAUGUAUAAUAAUGGAAUGUAAUUUACGCAU